GCCCGAAGCCAAAAUGCUGUUCGGUGCCUGGCAGUGAGCGAUGGGCAGGCUGCUGUCUCUGGCCCACAGAGUCGCCUUGACCGCUGUGCGCUGCAGCCAAGGCUGUUGUAGGCUCGGGAUGUUCUAUGCUGUGAGGAGGGGCCGCAAGACCGGGGUCUUUCUGACCUGGAAUGAGUGCAGAGCACAGGUGGACCGGUUUCCUGCUGCCAGAUUUAAGAAGUUUGCUACAGAAGAUGAGGCCUGGGCCUUUGUCAGGAACUCUGCAAGCCCAGAUGGCUCAGAAGGGCUGGAGAACAAACAUGUGCAAGAAUCACAGAUGAAAACCAGCAAGCGACCCCGUGAGCCCCUGGAUAGAGAUGAAGGGGACAGUGCAGAGCCGUGUGCAAAGCACCUGAGACAGGACGCAGAGGCGGCGGCUCCUUCAGUCGGCAAAGACGCAUUUUCUUACAUGGGAGACUCUGUUGUCGUGUACACUGACGGCUGCUGCUCCAGUAACGGGCGGAGGAGGGCACGAGCUGGCAUCGGCGUCUACUGGGGCCCGGGCCAUCCUUUAAACGUAGGCAUUAGACUUCCUGGGCGCCAGACAAACCAAAGAGCAGAGAUUCACGCAGCCUGCAAAGCUAUUGAACAAGCAAAGGCUCAAAACAUCAACAAGUUGGUUUUGUACACGGACAGUAUGUUCACUAUAAAUGGUAUAACCAACUGGGUACAAGGCUGGAAGAAGAACGGCUGGAGGACAAGCACAGGGAAGGAGGUGAUCAACAAAGAGGACUUCAUGGCGCUGGAGGAGCUCACCCAGGACAUGGACAUCCAGUGGAUGCAUAUUCCUGGUCACUCGGGAUUUACAGGCAAUGAAGAAGCUGAUAGAUUAGCAAGAGAAGGAGCUAAGCAGUCUGCAGAUUGA